AUGACUGCGCGCACGCUCAGAAUUGCACUGGAAAACGUCGACUUCCGGCUGCCGACACAAGUAACUGACGACAAUAGCGUAGUUGCUUUGAAGAGUCUUGCCUUUGAACCGUUGCUUAGAUGGCAGCCAGGCGGGCUGGCCAAGCCAGGCCUGUUCCACCGCUGGGAACACUCAGAUAAUGGAAGAGUGUGGCAUUUCCAUAUUCGCGACAAUGCGUUCUUUCAUGAUGGCAAGGCUUGCACGGCCAGUGACAUCGAGGCCUUCAUCAAUGGCUUCCUGAAUUCGCGGGACUACUUCGAUAUGCCUUGGAGCUAUGCCCGUUAUCUCAAAAACGCGAUCAUCUCUUCGCCGGACGAUAAGACGGUUAGGAUCGAGAACCCAGAACCCUUUGCCGAUAUUCAGGACAUUCUUUGCGAGUUCUACCCAUGCCGUAUGGACAAAGAUGGGAAGCCAAUUUUGGGUACGGGCAAGUACCGAGUCGUGGAGUUCGAACGUCAGAACAAUGUUGGCAAGGCUACCUUACAUCGAGUCGACAAAAGUGAAGUUGGACCCCCGGAAGUAAUCAUCGCUAUUCAGAAUAGGGAUGGAGAGAGAAGGCUCGAGGCUUUACGUGCGGGCGUAGUGGAUGUAGCGCUGAAUCUGGAGCGAGCCGAUGAUCUGACAGUUGUCAAUUUCGAUCCUACGCUCUCGUGGGGCAGAGUUACCAGCACUUUAUCGGCUAUGUUCUAUCUCAAUACCACCAAGGGUAUAUUCAGCUCGCCCGAAGCUCGCUUGGCUGCGAAUCUGGCAGUGGAUAACGUUGGUCUCGUAAGAGAUGUGUUCCAAGGCCUUGCAAAGCCAUCUGCAACGAUCGUCAGCCCAUAUCACCUCGGAUCGGAAACAGCACAGCUGAGCCCGAUUCCAUACAAUGCAGCUGCUGCAAAAGACCUUCUUAAGACCCCUGGACACCGCCGAACCGAUAGAACUUCGGACACCACAAUACAUGCCUGAGCACGCUGAAAAAAUUGCAAAAUUCGUCGCAUCGUCGUUGGAGGCUGUAGGCUUCAAAGUGCACACGUCUGUGGAAACGAAUCGUCCAGAGUACGCUCGGUCGAUUGGGUUCCGUAAAAAUAUUGGAGAUCUGGCAUUGUUCGAUUCAACGCCCAACAGUACUUUCCGCGUCCUUGAUGACAAAAUUUCGAGUGCGUCGCGUAAUACCUGGUGGCUGGGUUACCACGACGAUAAAGUCCAGAAGUUGAUCCAAGCUGCGAGACAGAAAGUUGAAGACGGAGAGAGAGAAGAAGCAUACGCGCAAUGCCUAAAGAGACUGCAAGAGAAUCCAGCCUGGUUGUACAUCGCACAUCCUGACGUGGUUUGGGCGACACGGCCAGGUGUGGCUCUGACGAUCGCGCCCUCAGGUUUCUUGACAUUAGGGUAGCGCAAUACAAAUUUGAUUCCAUUUAG